AGGAAUACUAAACAUUAUCAGUAUUUACAAUAUUCUUUGAGGAAUGAGUUCUGACUGGCUGAAGUUAUGUCAAUGGUUUUUGAUCAUUGGAAUUGUUUGGACGCAGGAUCCUGAUAGUUGCUUCAACAGCAGAGCUAGGGAUGGUAAAUGUGUACACAUUGAGCUUUGUCCGGAGUUGCGAGAAAUCGCUCACAAGAGAGUCGUAUCGAAGCAAGAAAGUGAAUUUUUAGCAAAAAAUUCUUGCGGAAAAGCAAUGGUCUGUUGUGAAAACCCUUUAAAGAGCAAAAAUGCGCUCCCAGGUGUAGACACUUGUGGUCUUGGUAAUGUUGGAGACAAAAUCAUAGGUGGAGACUUAACUGACCUGGGACAAUAUCGGUGGAUGGUAGCUAUAGAGCUCCUCGAGGAUAAUGAGCGUAAAAUCAUCUGUGGUGGAUCACUUAUCAAUACGUUGUAUGUUCUUACGGCAGCUCAUUGUGCAGCAAGAUUUGUGCCUGAAAUUCUUUUCGUACGCCUAGGAGAGUUUGAUCUAGAAAUGGAUCCAGACUGCGACGAAUAUAACAAUUGUAAUGAUCCAGUAAUGAUUGUAGGUGUCAGCCAGAAAAUCAUUCAUCACAGAUAUGGAAAACAGCGAAAUGAUAUAGCACUUCUAAAACUUGAAAAAGCGCUACCAACUGAAUACACUCAAUUUAUUUUACCGAUCUGCUUGCCGUCACCAGAGCUAGUAGGACAGCAAUCUUUCAUAAAUGAAGUGGUUUGGGCAGCAGGAUGGGGAAAUACAGAAACAGGUGAACUUAGCCGGUACAAGUUACAUGUCAAACUGAUGGUCACCAACUUGGAUGAAUGCAGAGUUUUGACAAGCCGGUCUGAACUUGGUCAAAUGCACCUCUGCGCCAGAUCGCCUAUCGAAGGAGCUGGCGAUACAUGUACAGGAGAUUCAGGUGGCCCAUUAAUGAUCAACUUGAAUGGGAAUUGGUUCGUGAUAGGUAUAGUGAGCUUCGGAGAACCAUGCGGAUCGUCAACCAGGCCAGCAGUAUACGUCAAUGUUUCUAAUUUUGUUGAUUGGAUACUGGAAAAUACAAUAGAGUAG